AUUGAUAAUGACGAUUGACAAGAUGAGAUUUCUCUUUUUAGAGUGGUGCAAUUUCGGAAUCUGAAUACUAAAUUUGUCCUUCAUAGAUUGUGUCGUUUGCAUUUCAGCCAUAAUAAUUGACCCUCUUUAAUUUCCGUCCGCUGAAUCACAUCUGCCUACCGUCGUUCAUCACCGAUUAUUGUUUUCUCAGUGAAUGUCUCCGUCUUUGAUCCGUAUUUUUCACAAUUUCUUCCCCAGUUUUGUGGGUGGCCUCCGUGACAAGUCAGUGUUUCAUUGCCUUAAAAGGAAUACUUUAGUUCGUUCUUAUUAUCAGCUUCUCUCACGGUCAGGAAAUUCGCUGCCAAGCCUUGAAAGUCGCACGUCAUCGUCCCUGCCGAAGAAAACACCGACUUUUCUUCUCCUGCAAUCACUAACAACCAUGGGGGACUCACAAGCAGAGGAGAGGAAAAAGGAAAUCGAAGCAAGAAAAGCAGAGCUCAAGAAGAGGCUCACUCCGUUGCAGUAUCACGUUACUCAAGAAAAAGGAACUGAAAGAGCUUACACAGGCAAAUACUACAAAACAACUGAUGCUGGAGUAUAUAGUUGCAUUGUGUGUGAAGAACCGUUAUUCUCAUCUGAAACAAAAUUUGACUCAGGAUGUGGCUGGCCUGCGUUCAAUGAAGUUUUGGCUGAAGGCAAAGUCAAACUUCUCAAAGAUACAUCCAAUGUUGGAGCCAAUCUUCUAUUAUUAAUCGCUAAUCCAGGUAUGAUCCGGACGGAGGUACAGUGCGCCCGCUGCGAUGCUCAUCUUGGACAUGUUUUCAAUGAUGGACCUCCACCCAAGAGGAAAAGGUUUUGCAUAAAUAGUGCCUCUCUAGCCUUCCAUCCGUUUGAAGAAGAGACCGCCAAGUCAUGAUCAUAAAGUUGAGUUUCCCGAGCCUCGGUCGCAACUAAUUGUUAUCAGCUGUCUUCUACACAACGCCUUGAAACUUAGGGAAAUUCCUCAAUUUAGCAGGUCAUAAUAAUUUGAAACUACUGGAUAAUGUACUCAAGAAGUCAGAUUGUGAUGUAAGUUUUUGUCAGAUUUUACAUGGGUUAAGAGUGGCAGUUUCAUUUUUUUCUUCUUCUUAACAUAUAUAUAAUAUGUAAUGGAGAGAUGAGAAGUAAAAUUUUCAGGAUACCUUAUCAUUUAAUGAAGAUAUUUGAAAUCUUGAUUUUUUUUGAAAGUUAAUUCUCAUGUAUUAAAAUUGAAGAAUAUAUUUUUGUUAAUAUAUACAUCAAUUAACUAGUAAAAGUAUUCACUGGAUUUUAUACUUUACUGUUAACAAAUAAUGCAUUACAUUCACUGAGCGCUCUUCAAAAGAGUGUUGUUGACUUCAUGUUAAAUGAAAAUGAACGGGAAAAAAUGGAAAGUCUUUAGCUUUUAUAGGUUUUACUCAUGAAAUUCUUUCAAAAGCAUCACUAUCCAAAAAUUCAAAUGAAAUAAAAUUGUGCUUUUCUUACCAAAAAUGCUUGAAUUAGGUACAGUUUCCUCCCUGUUAUUUUACAAAUAAAUAAUAAAUAAAUAUUAAUAAAUCCAACAAAACAUAAUAAUUUUGGAAAGUUUGAUAGCUUGGAAAUUGACUCUAACACAUCCUUGCUAUUAGUGCCAUGAAUAUGGGUGCAUUUAAAGUCAAAUUUUGAAUUUUAGAGAAAGGCCUGUCUCUCUCUCCUUCACUUACCUGCAGCAGUGCACUCAUUCCAAUUUUAGAACCCUCUCUAAUCAACAUGUUUUUUCCCAUACCUACCUAGUGGCAAAACACCUUAAAUUCUGCUACGUAAAUGCAGAUUUGGGGAGUACCUAUACUCAAAUAUGUGUCAGGAUUUCAAUGGAAAAAUUAAUCUUAUAUUCGUACCACCUAACUUCUUUAUUACCAAUCCAGUCCAACUUAAAGCAUGAAAGAAACGAUUGACCGAAGUUCAGUAGUUAAAUUACUUUCGUAAUUUGAUCCAGUUCUGGCUGUUUUUAAACAGGAAAGAAAACAAAUUUUGAAAAAAUGUCUUUCUAUUGAAUUUAAAAAAGUCUUUAUUUACAUUUCUUAUCCUCUUAUCUAAUUCAAGCAUUUCUGUUCUAUUAGCGCAUCACACCCUUUAGGUAUUUUAACUGUAUACCUACUCUGCCACUAGUACUGUGUUGUUUUUCUGUACAAAGUUUAUGUCAUAAAUUUCAAGUGUCUCUAAAUAACCAUUCACAAAUACAAAAAGUGAAAUUUAUCAAACGUUCCUGUGUUGUGGAGGGUAAAAUGUCAACUCCUUGCAAAAAAAUGCAAAGAAGGAAAAUUUUCAAUACUUAACUGAGAAUAAUCAAAAUUCAAGUUGUAAGCUGCUAAUUGAUGAAGCAGCAAAUCUUGUAACUUGCGACUUCGAGCUUAUGCAAGUUGACCUUGUAUUCGUCUUACAGAAUUUGUCCCACCACAGACAAGAAUGUUGCUCUAAGUAUUCUAUUCUCCAUUAUUGAAUAUAGCCCAAAUUUCAAUUUUUGACGAAGUAUUUCGGUUUUAAAAAAUUGACAAGUUUCCAGAAUUCUAUGUGCAAUGAUUCAAUUUUAGUACAAAAAUAUUGGUCUAAUACCUAUCUGUGAAAGAGUGAUCAGUCAUUUUAGGAAGCACUUUGUUAAAUAAUGUUUUUCAUCACAAGUAGAUGUCAUGCACUGUUAUAUAUUUUGCAAUUUUUUGUGAAGAAUGUUAAGUAGCCCCCAAUACCCAUUCCCAAUCCAAUACCCAAGCAGCAUAGGUUUUUUUAACAUUUUAAAGCCACAUCUGAAAGGAACUCCCAAUCAUAAGUUACUAUAAUUCAAAACUUGGGUUUAAACUUAAGUGUGGAUGUAAUACUCAAGCUUGAAAGGCUGUGACAUGGCUUACUUAGUACCAAAAAUCCUUUAAGUCGGUGCUCUUUUGUCUCUUUUAUAUAUCCUAAAUAUAUUAAAACUCCUUUGAAUUUAUUUUUUUAUCUUCAUUUUUUAUCCUAAUAAUUGCGCAUACGUCCUUUCUAUUAACAGCUUUCACAUCCAAUUAUAUUAGUAACAUCCUUUGCUACGUUAUACCAAAUAUUUAUGGAUGAAUCUAAUUCUCCACAUGAACCAAACAAUCUUAAGUAGUAUUCUCAUGUAGUAUCAUAAGAUUUAUUCCGUACAUUUUAUUAUUUUACACGAGAACUUGAACAUUUGGUCUUAACUAUUCGAAUGCUCUGGACAGGGUACGCAAUUAAAAUUCACAAUAUAUGUAGCCUAAUUGAAAUUUUCGUAAAAUACAAAAUGAAAGUAUUAAAACUUUUGCAAAUUCAACCUUUUGAAAAGUUAGAACCCACUCUGAGGCGGCAGCUUAUACUGUUUCCCUUGUGAGUAACUGAACCGUUACUGUGAUUGUUUGUGUUUUAUGAAAGUAAGGACUAGUCAAUUAAAGAGUGAGACAGGUAGGUGUAAGCCCGGCUCCUCAGAUUUUCAGGAAAUCUUUGAAAUAUUCUCACUAACAGUUCAAAUUUUAACAGGAAAAUAGUUAUUUGGGCACUGUAAUAUUUUAUCUUAUCAAAUGUAUAACCUUUUACUCUUAUUUUAGUUUUACUUUCUGUGAAGUUUUAUGGUAACAUGCUAGUUUUAGACAAUACUGUCACGUCUUUUAACAACUGCUAAAGCUUAUCGGUGAAUGGUAUUGUGUUAAUUUUAGUGGGUUGGCCAAAGUAGUAGUGUCAAAAGUGAAAAAUCAAUCUCUUAAUCCAUGCAUAUUCCUGAGAAUGCAUGGACAUCAUUGGUAGAUAAUUAAGUACAUUUUUAGGUGGUUUAUCAGAGUCAACACCAAAUAAGUUCACCCACUCUUAAGCUGCGACAAAUGAUCCUCCAUCCUGAUUUUUGCAUUUACUUUCCAUGCUACAGUGACGUCAAACGAUCAUCUGUUACCGUCUAAAAGUGUGUAAAUUGUUCUAGCGUAGACUCUGGAAAAGUUUUAAAAAAAUAUCAGAAAAGUAUGAAAAAUUCAUCACAGAUUUUUAUGGCAGGCCUCCUUCAUACUGUCAUUGACAAUUUCACGUAAUCGAAUUUAAGUGUAUUUUUAAUUCUAAAGUUUUCAACACUUGCUUUAUCUCGUGGUUUUUCUGUCCCAUACUUCAAAACAUGUGAUUGAUUUUCAUCAUCUCAGAGCUUAAACUAUUCUUUUUCCUACUAAACUAGUUCUCUUGUUUGUACUUAAUAAUUUUAACUAAGACUUUGCUCAGUUCAUGCUGACAGUGUAUUCUUAUUUGCAAAAAUUUGAUCUUUGUUAUUUUAAUUCAGUUAUAAUUUAUUUAUUUUUAUUCGCUCUUUAGUGUGCAAGAUGAAAAUUGAAAAAUAAAAGCCAUUUUGGAUAAGA